AUGCGGCUCUUGCAAUAUAGCGAAAGCGGAAUGCUCAGCACCCAUAACUUCGACGAUGGCGACAUACCCCCUUACGCGAUACUCUCACACACCUGGGGCGCAGAUAGCGACGAAGCACGACAUGACGGUCUACAGUACUUCUGGAUUGACACAUGCUGCAUUGAUAAGAACGACAAGGCUGAGCUUGCCUUCUCCAUCCGAUCGAUGUUUCGCUGGUAUCGCAACGCGGCCCGAUGUUAUGUCUACCUAUCCGACGUUGCUGGAAUCAUGAUCUAUUCUGGUGAAGCAGCCGAGUCGUCAUGCGACUACACAGCCUUCCGCCGCAGCAGAUGGUUUACUCGUGGUUGGACACUGCAGGAACUCCUUGCGCCACCUAUGGUGGAUUUCUUCUCCAAAGAUGGGCAAAAACUAGGUAGCAAGUCAUCACUGUUGUCAGUGUUAUGUGAAAUUACGCGCAUACCUGAAGCAGCACUACAGAGCACGCCUUUGUCCGAUUUUAGUGUAAAUGAACGGAUUUCGUGGAAUGAACAUCGGAUAACAACAAUUCCAGCGGACCGCGCGUACUCCCUUAUGGGAAUUUUGGGAGUCAGCUUAUCGCCGUUCGACGGUGAGAGUUUAGCUGAAGCGAUGAAACGAGUUACAGAUGAGGUCGACAAGCAAAAUAAGUGUCUUCAAGAUAUACGCCGGACAGAUCCUCAGGACGAUAAGAAGCGCAUCGAGGAUACUAAGGGCGGUCUUCUCGCAGACUCCUACCGCUGGGUGCUUGACAACCCUACUUUCCAGCAAUGGCAACAGCACCUGGAUAGCCGACUAUUGUGGGUGAAAGGUGACCCUGGUAAAGGAAAAACAAUGUUACUGUGUGGCAUCAUCGAUGAACUGCAAGAUGUUAUACCUUGGACUGCUCUUCUGCUGUACUUCUUCUGCCAAGCGACAGACUCGCGCAUUAAUAGUGCCACAGCUGUGCUACGAGGCUUGUUGUACAUGCUCCUACACCGGCAACCGUCGCUUAUGUCGCAUGUCAGCAAGAAGUACGACCAAGCAGGCAAAGGCUUGUUCGAGGACACGAAUGCCUGGGUCGUCCUGACAGAGAUCUUCACCGACGUGUUGCAAGAUGUAAGCCUAGGCACAACGUACCUAAUUAUUGACGCGCUGGACGAAUGCGUGACAGACUUACCGAAAUUGCUCAGCUUUAUUGCGAAGCAGUCGUCGGUGUCCUCUCGCGUCAAGUGGAUCGUGUCUAGUCGCAACUGGCCAGACAUUGAGGCACAGCUCAAGCACGCAGGACACAAGAUGAAACUAAGCCUUGAGCUUAACGCAAAGUCGGUCGCUGCGGCAGUUGAUGUCUUUAUCGAGCAGAAGGUAGAACAGUUAGCGAAAGAGAAUAAGUACGAAGAAAAGCUUCAGCACAUCGUGCUCCAGCACUUAAAGUUGAAUGCGAACGAUACCUUCCUCUGGGUUGCGUUGGUGUGCCAAGACCUCAAAGUAACGCCGAGGUGGAACGUGCACAAGAAGCUGGCCCAGUUCCCGCCUGGACUGGAUGCUUUGUACAAUCGGAUGCUGCAGCAGAUAGUAAGCGAGUCUAGCAGCGCGGAUAUGUGUCUGCGGGUGCUGGCAGUGACUGCUGUCCUGUAUCGACCUGUCACAGUUGCUGAGCUAGUUGUACUUACUGAGCAGCUUGCAGAACUUGUUAAUGACCUAGAGUCUGUGCGGGAGAUCAUUGGUCUCUGCGGAUCGUUCCUCACGCUGCGUGACGACACAAUUUACUUUGUGCAUCAGUCAGCGAAAGACUUCCUCGUCACAAAAGCGUCAGACAAGGUCUUUCAAGAUGGUAUAGAACGUGUACAUCAAGACAUUUUUGUACAAUCACUUUCUAUUCUGCAGAAAACAUUACACAGAGAUAUGUAUAACCUCCAAGCACCUGGAUAUCCUGCGGGAGAUGUCAAGCCGCCUAUUCUUGAUCCUCUAGCCGUGUCGCGCUAUCCAUGUGUGUACUGGGUUGAUCACUUCUGCGACUCAAAACACAAUUCAUUCACACACGGUGUUGCUAAUCAAGAAGACACCAGAACAAUAGACGCAUUCCUUAGGCACAGAUAUAUUUACUGGCUAGAAGCGCUCAGCUUGUGCAGAAGCAUGGACAAAGGGGUGGUUUUGAUGACAAAGCUGUGGCAUUUAGUCCAGGAACUCGGAGACACGGACGAAUUGAAUAAGAUUGUGUACGAUGCACGACGAUUUAUCAUGUACCACAAAGAGGCAAUCGAGAAAUAUCCUUUACAAGCGUACGCAUCUGCUCUGCUAUUCAGUCCAGCAGACAGUAUAAUAAGAAAACUAUUCCAGCACGAAAAGCCAAGGAGAGUGGCUGUCAAGCCAGGUACAAGUAACGGCUGGAGUGCGUGCCUGCAGACGCUCGAGGGUCAUGGGAAUGAUGUUACCUCAAUAGCUUUCUCGCACGACUCGACCUGGCUAGCGUCAGCAUCACGCGACAGCACUAUCUGGGACGCGAGCAGCGGGACGUGUGUGCAGACACUCGAGGGCCAUAGUAGUGGCCUUAGCUCAGUGGCCUUCUCGCACGACUCAACCUGGCUAGCCUCGACGUCUGGUGACAGCACUAUCAGGAUAUGGGACGCCAGUAGCGGGAAGUGUCUACAUACCCUUGAUGUUGGCACAUUUUUUCUACGCCUGUCUUUCGAUUCUACGAGUACUUUACUCCAUACAGAAAAAAGUACUAUUUCUAUCUCUAUCUCUAGCUCACAGACUACAGACCGCAUUGACACUACAAUAUUAAAAUUGCAGUACCAGGGUGCUGGUAUAAGUUCAGAUUGCAAGUGGGUCAUGUGCGCUGGUAGUAACAUAUUGUGGAUACCGUCUGAAUAUCGACCGUCUGAAGAUCGACCGUCAAGCUCGGCUGUGAGUGGGACCCGAGUAGGUAUAGGAGUAGGAUCAGGAAGGGUCUGGUUUUGUCAAGUGACUUAG